CUAAAGAGUAUUUGUAUUGUAUUGUAUUAUGUAACUUAUUAUUAUUUAUUUAAUUUGCAGAUAUAUAUGCUUGAUUUUCCUCCUAAAUUGCCCCCAUCUGUCCGGGGUAUGUCAAUUACUUAGCGCCACUUGCACCAAUCAACCAUUUAAACCUGGAGUUACCAUGGUUACCAGUACAAUUUGUCACUGGGUUAACCGUUUAACCGGCUAACCUUGUGUUAGUGGGAUGGUGCAAGUGGCCCUUAUUGAUUAAAAACAGAUAAUUUUAUUCUGUUGAUGUUCCAUUGUGACAAUCACUUAAUUUGUCAGAAAAACUCCUAGGAUAUAACUCAGGUACCACAUAAUUGAUAAACCACAGACCUUUUUCAGACUUAAGGUAUGGGGUUCCAAACAAUUAUGAAUACUUCACACAUACCCAAAAAAAAAGAAAUUUAAAGAUGGAUCCUUGAAAAAUAACUGGACAGUAAACGAGAUGGCGCUGUACAGGUCCAUACAUUUCACGGUAACUCUGAUUAUCAAAAGUUGACGUUUGACAAUCAAGUGACCGCAAAACAUAUGGCGCAUUGUAGGGCCAUCUGUUUCGGAUAUCAAACUAAGGGUAUUGGUGUGCCAUUGGAUCAUAAUCAUGAAUAGGGACAAACGCGAACAGGAAUAUCCUGCCGAGUUAGAAUCUCAGUUCAUACUCAGGCUACCGCCCGAACCUGCUAAGGUUCUUAGCGAAGUCUUGAAAACUGGAGAGAAUCUCAAAAAUCGUUUGACCAUACAAAUCGAAAACGACAUGCGUCACGGUGAAGUGCGGUUUGAUCACUGGCUCAUGCACGCUAAAAUUGUAGAUCUACCAACAAUCGUAGAGGCCCUGAAAACUAUAGACAACAAAAGUUUCUACAAAACUGCAGACAUUGCCCAAAUGAUGAUAUGCAAAGAUGAACCUGAUCAACCAUCCACUGAAGAUGAAUCUCCGUCUAAGAAUAAGAGGAAAGACCCAUACAAAGUUGAUAAAAAGUUUCUGUGGCCCCAUGGUAUAACUCCUCCAACAAAAAAUAUAAGGAAGAGACGUUUUAGAAAAACUUUAAGGAAGAAGUUUGUGGAAGCACCUGAGAUAGAGAAAGAAGUAAAAAGACUAUUGCGAGCUGACAAUGAGGCAGUUAGUGUUACAUGGGAGGUUAUAAACGAAGAAGAAGAUCAGUCCACUAAACCAGAGCCUGGCCCAUCUGUUAACAGCAAGCCAGAAAAGAAGCCUAAAGCUGAGCGGCCACCUAAACGUGAACCAAAAUCAACUGCUCCUAAUCCUGAAUCAUCUAAGCUUGUUGAUAUAUUUGGUGGAGCUCUCAGUGACAGUGACUUAGAAGAAGACAACAUUAAUGUGGAGAUGGAGAACUGUCGCUUGUCACCAUAUGACAGCCGGAUGUCGGAUACUGGAUCCCUGCAUGGAUUGGGCGAUAUGCAUGGCAAAGAAACAGAACAGUUUGAUGCACAAAUGUUUCCAUAUCCUGAGGCUCCUAAGGCAACUUUCAGUCAUGCGUCUACCUCUGGCAUGCAGCAUCGAUCUAGCAGCAGAGUUUCAACUGCAUUAUCUGAAGAAGAGGAUGGAGACUAUCAGAACAUGCGUGACAUGAACAAGGACAAUAUGAGCUUCAGGAUUGAACAAGUUAAAGCAGAACUGGAUGAACUGAAACAACGCCGUCAGCGGACACAGCAUGAGAUUGCCGGCAUGGAAAACCUGGCUCUGCGACAGCGUUUCCAAGAUAUUCUUCAUACAUUGAAUCAGGACAUUAUGUAUAAAGACAUGGAGUACCAAGGACUAUUGACACUUCAAAAUUCUGAGGUGAUAUAAUUUGACUUUUUUGGAGCUAACAAUCUUAGUAAUGUAUUGAUGUUGUAUUUUAUCUGCAUAUAAGUAUCUACUUAUGUGCAGGUUAUUAUUAGUAUGAAAGUAUUUUAUUUAGUUGUAAGUAAAUGUACUGAAUUAAAUUGGAAGCUAAUGGAAGUACAGGGAGUCAGCGGAGUGCUAUUUGGAUAACUAAACUUUAUAAAUAAUAUACCCUGGUUUCUGGGCUAUAUUUGUGUUGAGGAUCAAGAUUUCAAUGAUAUUCAAGAGACUAAUCAAUGUUAAUUUUAUACUAUUAUAUUUUUUGUUUUAAGAUUGAUGAUGUGUAAAGACCACAUACCUAAAGUUUAUAUGUAUAUUUGAUCUCGCUCCUAUACUAAAUGAUUUUUAAAUUAUAAACAAAUUACAUCUAAAUUUGUUACAUGUGCGCUUUCAUUGACAUAAUUGUUUUUUUUUUUUUUUAAAUAGGUCUUUACACAAGUAUCAGUACUAAUCAAAAAUAAAUUAGUUUGUAAUAUCUGCUAUGAAGCAGGGUAAUGAGUUGUUUCAAUUUUGACAUAAUUUGUUGAACUAUUCUAAAAUAUUAUUUCGAAAUUUAAAAAUAUUACCCCACCCAAUACGAAUUUGUGAUAUAUUACUAUUAUUGGGGCAUAUAAUGCACUUUAGACUGAAUGCCGGUGAAUGCAAUGAUUUUACAAUUUAUUUAAUGACAAUUUUUAAUGACGUCAUUAUGGUCUACAUAAUUAUUACAUAUUGAGUAUGUUUUCUACUUUUUAUUAAGUCUGUGUUAGGUUAAGUGUUACAGUUAAAUAGUAUAAGUUACUUAACAGCAUUGUAAAACAUUAUAUAUUUUAAGAUUAGUUUUAUUUAUUUUUAGAUUUAGAUUUUAAGUUUUAUAUGUAUUAUGUUGUUAUUCCAAGAUAAAAUCUUCUUUCCGUGCCUCUUCCCAUUAUUUGGGGUCGGCCCUCCUCGUUCUCAUGCGCCAGAUCGGUCGAUCCUGGGUUGUCUCUUCGUUCAGCUGGGCCUGUUUCAAAUCCUUUGAUAUAGUGGACCUCCACGUAGCAAGCGGUCGUCCUCUUCCUCUCUUGCUGUCUGGUAGUGCGAGAGCUUUCUUGACGACAUGAUCUUCAUCUUCCAAGAUAAAAUAAUGAAAAAUUUAAUAAAUAUAUAUAUAUAUGUUUAUAUAUUUCAUUAUUUUACAUUUAUAUACUUAUGUUAUGUCUAACUUAUAUUUAGUGAAAUAAAGAAAUCUAAUCUUAA